AUGAAUCAAACUUUUAUUGUUCUAAUUUUGAAGAAACAAAAGCUUGAAUUUGUUUUUGAUCUGCGACUAAUUUCUUUGUGUAAUAUGAUUGAUAAAAUUGUAACUAAAGUAAUCGGUAAUAGAUUAAAAUUGGUUUUGGGUGAUGUUAUUUUGGAAAUACAAAGUGCUUUUGUCCCACAUCAUUUGAUAUCUGAUAAUUUUCUCAUUGCCUAUGAAGUGCAUCACUAUUUGCAUCGUAAAACACAGGGUAGGGUGGGUUAUGCAGCUAUUAAAGCGGAUAUGAGUAAAGCUUAUGACCGAGUUGAAUGGCAUUUUCUACAUCAAUUAAUGCUAUGGUUGGGUUUUGAUGAACAUUGGGUGCAUUCUUUCAUGUCUUUUAUUACUUCAGCUCAAUAUUCAGUUUCUCAUAACGGAUUUUCUUAUGGACACAUUAUCCCAUCCCGUGGUCUACGAUAA